GACCUACCUAAGUAAAGUUGAAGUGUGAAACGCGAACAGUGGAAUGAAAUCAUUUACCAAACAUUCCAAAUCGUGUAUCGAGUUCGUUCGAAUAAAUCUAAGAUGCGUAAAGCUUUCGUAUUUUUAUAUUUUGUUGUGAUCAUCUACGCGAGUUUGGAAACUGUGCGAAGUAAUGAUGAAGAUCGUUUACCUGAAGAUAUCGUGCCGCUUUCGUAUGAUUUGAGAAUCGAACCAGAUUUUAAUACGUUCAAAUUUUAUGGCAGGGUAAAGAUUUAUAUUCGCGCUAAAUUUUCAACGAACGUUAUAAAGUUACACUGCAGAAAUUUUAAAGUUGAUGAGAAAAUGAAGCAAGAUGAAAAAAAUGAUGAAAGCAAAUUUGUACAAAUUCAAGUCAGCCAAACUAACGAUUUCUGCAUUCUUACCAAUUCUGAACCAUUUGUAAUGGGCCGCACGUACCUUAUAAAAGUUGAAUACACAGGUGACUUGAAAGAAGAUCCGAAAGGCUUGUAUACAACCUCUUAUGAAGUUAAUGGUAAAAAAAAAUGGCUGGUGGCUACAAACUUCUACGGCAUCUAUGCAAGAGAAGCUUUUCCUUGUUUCGAUGAACCACGUUUCAGAACACCUUUUACAUUGACCAUUGCUCGAAAUAAACAACAGCAAGUUAUAUCCAACAUGCCGCUUCUGGAAACUCAGCAACAUUGUUGUGAUAAAAACAUGGUUUGGGAUACCUUCACAGAAACGCCGCCAAUACCUACUUAUUUAGUUGCAUUUAUUGUGGCUGAAUAUUCUAAUUUACCUAAUCCCGAUUCUUUGAUAGAAAUUCACACCAGGCCAAAUAUUAUCCAAAAUACUCAACGUGCUUUGAGUCAAAGUGAAAAGGUGCUGAAUCAAUUGGUAAACUUCAUAGGUAUGCCGCACGAGUUAUCCAAACUGGAUAUUGCGACUGUUGGAAAAAUUCAAAAUACACUCGCUGAUCAUUGGGGACUAUACAUGAUGACAGAGAAUUAUUUAAUCGCGGAUGAACAAAAAAUAUCUCACGAGCAAACUGUAAUCAUGACAGCUGCAACGUGUCAUUUGCUUGCACGCCAUUGGUUUGGGGGACAAGUUACUCCAGUGUCUUGGGAUUACGCAUGGCUUACCGAAGCAUUCGCUGGAUAUAUGGAAUUUCUUAUAACAGAUAUGGUAGAACCGAGUUGGAAAAUAGGUGACUUUUUCAUCAUUGAAAUUUUACAACCUGCUUUACGGAGCGAACUGGCCAAUCCAGGGGCACUGACAAGUCUGAAAAUAUCCGAAUCAGAAAUUAACAACAAAUUCGGGGAUAUCAAUUAUUUUAAAGGUGCAUCAAUCAUUAGGAUGUUGGAACAUAUUACAUCAAGAAGUUCUCUGAGAAGUGUUAUUCAAAGAUAUCUCUUGAAUGGUAAAAAAUCACGGAAUGGAUUAGUAUCACCGAAUGAUUUAUUUGAAUCUUUGAAGUACCAGUCUGACCUGAGUUCUUUUCCUUUACCACCCCACAUUUCCAUCAUCGAUGUAAUGAAAACAUGGACAGAGAACAUUGGGUAUCCAGUGAUAAAUAUUAAACGAUUCAGUGAAAGUAAAACAAUUGAAAUGAAACAGGAAACGUAUAAAUCACACGAAGCUUCGACAUCAUUCCCUAAUCAAAAAUGGAUCACACCAAUUAGUUGCACUACCAAAUCAAAAGCCACAUUUUCCAACACUGCACCUACAGAAUGGGUACUGGGAGACACAAAAACCAUCUUUUCAUUAGAUUUUGAAAGUACUGAGUGGAUUAUUUGUAAUUUACAACAAUCAGGAUAUUAUCGUGUGAAUUACGAUUCCGAAAAUUGGUAUCUUUUGACCGAACAACUGAGAGAAGAUGCGAAUAAAAUACACGUAUUAAACAGAGCUCAAUUGAUUGAUGAUUCUUUCACAUUUGCAUUUGAAGGUGAUUUAUCAUAUGAGGUGCCUUUUAAACUAGCCAAAUAUUUAGAAAAAGAAACAGAAAUGGUUCCAUUGCUAUCUGCGAUUUUCCAUCUUGACAAGUUGUACAAGAAGUACGAAGAUUCUGGAUCUCGUGUGUACCUCUGCAUGUACAUUCAAAAAAUUCUCAAAAAACACAUUCAGUUGAUGGGAUUCGGAAUUAAAUCAACAGACAGUUACGAUGUCAGAAUGGGGAAACCUUCGUUAUUCUUGUUGGCGUGCAAAAUUGGUAUGAAACGUUGCGUUGAAGAAGCUUUAAAAGAGUACAAUUCACACAUUGGAGACCUUAGCAAAGUACAGCCAGAUUUUAAAGAAGUAGUUUACUGUACUGCCUUAAGAAAAUCUGAAGAUCAAGAGAACGUGUAUAAAAAUUUAUGGAUCACGUAUCACUCCACUUCUAUCGCAUAUGAAAAAAUCACAAUUUUAAAAACGUUCGGAUGUUCUCGCAAUGAAAAUAUAUUGAAAAAAAUUUUAUCAAAAUUAUUCGAUCAAAAUGAUCACGAUAUCGAUGAAACUCACGAAACCUAUGUGUAUAAUUCAAUUUUAUCUUCAUCCAGUGGAACCGCCGCUACUUUGAAAUUCGUGGGAGAACAAGCUGCCGAAAUAUCAAAAUUUAAUGCUGAUCAACUUGCAAUGCUAAAGUCAUUAUUAGGUCGACUUGAAUCCAAAGUGCAAGCUUUAGAACAUUUUAAAUUGCUCAGGACAAUCGAAGAAAUAUUCACUAAACAAUAUCUCAACAAAUACGGAGACUUCGUGGAUGUAAUCGAACGCAAUAGAAUCUCUGGAAUCAACCUUGUGAAGGAAAAUAACAAAAUGGUCGAUAUUCUGAGACCCAUAUUUCAUGAUGUGUUGAAUAUUCCACGACCAAACAUACCUCCAGCACAACAAUCGAAAGCAUUGGUGCCAGUUCCUUCAUUACUUUUAUGGCUCAUAUUUGUUUGUAUAUUAUCCUAUUUUCAUUGAAAUUUGAGUAGGUACAUUUGAAAAUUUGGAUAUGAAUGAUGAAGAGAAUAUGUACCUACUUGCUCCGAUAUUAUUUUUUGAUAGGUAGGUAACUGAUUCUGAAUAUGAACUGAACUAUACCUUACUGUCCAUCGAUCUGGAUUAUGUAUUUGUUUGUGAUUUUACAAUUUAAAUGUUAGUAGGUACAUAAUCAAAUUCUUAUUUUGGAAGAUCUACCAAAUCAGAAAAUUACUCUUCAAUCCAGACCUUCUACAAAAAUACAAAAUCACACAAUUCAUAACACUUUAUUUCGUCUAGCUCUAAAUAAACAUAUACUUGGUACAUUUAUUAUAAAUCUACGGUAUCAUAUGCCGAGAACACAGAUACACGAACAAAAAAAAAACAAAAAAGAAGAAGAAAUACAGUAGAAAAUUGUUGAA